AUGCUCAGAGGAGAGUCAAAGAAGGUUUGCUCCCAGGGGUCUAUGUUCAUUCAGAGAGAAGAAAGCUGGCAGAUUCUUGGCCCCUUGCCGCCUGUCCCCACCACCUCUGCUGUCUUGAUCCCAACAAGUAUCCCCAAGUCAACCCCAAAGAGAGUCUGCUCAGAUUCCUGUGGGUUGCAUAGAAUCAUCGUCAAUGAUGAAUACACUUCUAGAAGUGGCUGGUUCUUGUUUAAAAAAUCUGUGCCAUACUGUAUACUUUUUCCUCACUUAAGAGCUCUAUCUCAUGGACAUCUCUGUGGUUCAAGCAGUUAUACCUUGGACUCAUUCUUUCUUUUUUGCCCAGGCUAUUGGCACAUGGGAUCUGAAUUCCCUGACCAAGGAUUGAACCCAUACCCCGCUGCAGUGCAAGUAUGUAGUCCUAACCACUGGACAACCAGAGAACUCCUUGGCCUUUUUCUUUUAACAGCUGCAUGA